GAUCGUACUUGCCUGCAACUUCAUCUUUAUCAUGCCUCUCCUCAUUUUGUUCACUUCACUCUUCUUCCUAAUAAGUAUCCCUCAAAGGUGUGUUGGGGUGGACACCAUCAUACCCGGCCAAGCUCUUGCCGUAAGCGACAAGCUCAUCUCGAAGAAUGGCAGGUAUGCACUUGGUUUCUUCAAUACAAGCACUGGAUCUACCCAAAUCACGUUCAACUGGUACUUAGGUAUCUGGUUCAAUACAGUCCCACAGUUCACUUCUGCAUGGGUUGCAAACAGGGAUAGCCCCUUCAACAACACCAACUCGUUAGAGCUCACAAUCUCCCACAAUGGCAACCUAGUUGUCUUAAACCGGUCUACUGAAUCCAUAAUCUGGUCUACCCAAGCAAAUGCCACUAGAAAUAGCACCCUUGCUAUUCUCUCGAGUACUGGAAAUCUUAUAUUAAGGGACUCUUCAAACUCAUCAAAGGUGUUCUGGCAAAGCUUUGACCACCCCACCGAUACACUUCUCCCUGGUGCAAAGAUUGGAUGGAACAAGAUCACAGGCCUCAAGCGCCGUCUUGUUUCUUCGAGAAACUCUAUCAACCCAGCUACUGAUGUGUACUGUGUUGAUUUAGACCCAAGUGGUGUUAAUCAGAUCUUGAUUACACCAUUGAACUCGUCUGUACCAUACUGGUCGAGUGGUGUAUGGAAUGGAAAAUACUUUUCCUCACCUGAAACUCCUGGGUAUUUAGGCCCAACCAGCAAUGAUAUGAAUUACUUGACUAUGGUCGACAAUGAUCACGAGAAGUACUUUGCAAUUAACAUAGCAGAUGAGCAUGUUGUUUUUCGUCUUGUGAUAGAAGCUUCUGGUCAAGCAAAGGAGUUUGUCUGGUUUGAGGGGUCACAAGACUGGGCAAUGGCCUAUGCCCAACCAAAAGCUCAGUGUGACGUCUAUGGUGCUUGUGGACCUUUCACUAUAUGCAACGAUGACGUGCUUCAACACUGCAGUUGUAUGGAUGGGUUCACUGUAACAUCUCCUCAGGAAUGGGAGCUAGAUUAUCGGAGUGGUGGGUGCUUGAGAAAAAAAUCGUUAGAGUGCAUUAGCAACAAAAGCACAACACUUUGAACAGACAAAUUCUACCCAUUGCAAUGUGUUCGACCACCCAGCAAUGCCCAAAAAGUAGAAGAUUCAACAACAAUAAGAAAUUGUGCACAGUUUUGCCUGAAUAAUUGCUCCUGCACUGCAUAUUCCUUCAGCAAUGGAGAAUGCUCUAUCUGGCAUAAUGGGUUAGUCGACAUAAGGCAAAUACAAUGUAAUAGCAUGAACAACUUAGAUGUAGAAACUAUAUACAUUCGCGUUUCUACUAAAGAACAUCAGGGUUUGAAAAGCAAUAGGAUACGGAUUGCUAUUGGAGUUGUUAUUGCUAUAUGUAUU